AGGACACAUACUGUGCCAAGUGACAUCAAUGCUCAGGCAUGCAUAACACAGCAGGAUAUGAACAGGGUGAAGAUGAAGGAGGUGAUUUAGACUCUAAAGGAAAAGCUGAAGAAGGGCCAGGGGCAGUCUCUCAGCGUCAAAUCAACCGACUUCAGCAACAGAUGGUGGAGUUGCAGGCAAAGCUAAAGGCUUUCUAUGAAGAGAACCAGCAGCAGGCUGAAGAGAUCGCUGUGUGGAGACUGGCCUUUGGACCUGCCCCAACAUUUAACCAGAACCCUUCCAACACAGACUCGGGGACUAAGAACCAGAGCCUCUACUCUACUGUUAUUCAGCCUCAGUCAAACCAGCAGCAAGCUCAGUCCCAGAACCAGGAUGAGGUUCAGACUUCAACACAAAGUCCUGAAGACAGCCAAAGAUAUGUGACACUCAUCAGAGAAGAUGAGUUAUUCCUGUCUUGCUCCUCCAACAAAAUGCAGGGACGGACUCUGUUCUCCAGGCUGCAGCACAGUAACGUCUCUGAACCAAAGAAUCUUCAUCCUUUUACAAAGACUUCGUCACUGCAGGAGCACAUUCAGGACACUGCUGAGCAGUCUGAAAAGGAAAAUACAUGUCCAGCUCAGCACAAACAGAAAAAAGACACAGAACAUGUCACCAAAGAUCUCUACAAAGCCUUAGGACCACAGCAGACCAAAACAUCCGAGUGUCCCACAGAAAAUCCAAACUGCUCCACAGUAAAUACCAACUUGCCUUCAAAUAGAGGCGUUUGGACAGAUAUGAAAAGUGUCAACACUCAAACUGAGGAGCGUCUGUAUUCUCUCAGUCCCUCUACAUCAUCUGUCCAAACACAGACGGAGGAGGAAGAGGAAAAUGACGAGAUAGUGGAGUCUCCACCAGUAUUUCCUACCCCACUGAGUGAAGUGGCAGCGUCAGAAGACAAAAUGUUCUUGUCAGGUUCUUUUCCCAUCCCAGCUGACCCGGCUCGCCUGGCUGAAAGAAUCCGUCGCAACAGGACUCAACUGUCAGCUGCAUUCGAUGACACUGAGUAUGAACCUUAUGGUCUGCCAGAAGUCGUCAUGAAAGGAUUUGCUGACAUCCCCAGUGGUCCUGCCUGUCCCUACAUAGUGAGGAGGGGGUUGCUAGGAACAUCUGUAGUCCCUGCCCAACAGAAGGACCCAGGCCAGGCGGAGGAAACGGAUUAAUACACAGCUACAGAUCUGGUGGAAAGAAGAGAACUUGUGGCCUGCAAAGCGACAGUAGAUAUGUGUGGGAAUAGCCCUCCGGUCACCAGUGCUCUGAAGCCUUUCAGACCUUCAAACCAACACAGAAACGGCUCUUGUGCUGCAGCCACCCAGGGACUACUGUACAUAUGUGUGUGUGCAGGUAACUGGGCCUGUGCUGGCUGAAUAAACACCUCCACUGUGGACAGAAAAGGCUUUAAUGGUCACUAGUUUAUCCUCUGAUUGCAGUGUGGAGAUUUUGCUGUCCAUCAUAAUGCAGUUACUUUACACCCACCUGUAUAUUUAGGAACAGAGGUAGUGAUUUAGUGAUGUUUGUUGAUGUUUCUAGAAGUUAAAUACCACUUUUCCAAAGGGACUGUUUGGGUUUUGCAGCUCUUAUAUAACUCACAGUUAACUUAUGGGUCAGGCCUUAGCCUUCGUUGAAUCAAACAGUGCCUAGUUUGUGCUUUUCUGAACAAACUCUUGUCAAGAUAAGUGUGUGACUUGUUUUCCAAAAGCAGAAAGAGGCCUGUUGAGAAAAUGUGAUGUGUAUUUUUUUUCCUUUUAAUUCUUGAGGUGGCUUAUUUAUGGACACUUGAAUGUGUUUUAGGAGAGGGCAGGUGUUCACGUUUACAGAAAGUGUGUGAACGUAUAGUGAGAAUACUUAAAAGUGUGUGUCUUCUUGAUGAUAAUGUGUGCUUGUGGGGGAGAGAGGGCAGUUUGUGAGUCAGUCUAACCUGCACUGGUUUCCAAUCCAUGUAUGGUGAUACACACUGAGCUCCCUCUCUCCUCCCUAUGUAGCUUUGCCUUUCUGUCUUCUACUAAUGAGCACUCGGUAGUUAAUUUACCAAAAGUUAAACGUGUGAAGCUUUAUUUUAUUAGCAGAUGAACUGAGCUGCUGUCUUGUUUUAAAUCAGAUAUAAUUUAUUUAGAAGUUGUAACUAUUUUUGAUAGAAUGCUCAUGCAUAUUAGUUACUGUGCCACGUUAGCCCACAUGUGUACAUGCUGUAAAGUUUGUAGAUGAGUUUAAUGUACAGUAUUGGUUCUCCCCACUUUGCCUGAUUACAAGAUUUGACCAGGUAGUCAAACCCCUGUCAGUCAGGUUGUCAGAAUAUAUCACUGACUUUUACUUCAUUUGAAGGUUUUUAGGCACAUUUUUUUUUUUGUUAAAGCUACAGAGUGUUUUAAUGUUUUCAUUUCAUUUAGAGGCGUAGACGUUCUGUCCUGGCCUUGACUUGUUGACGCAGUGAGAACAGAUGGACUGUAGCUGCACUGACUCGAUGUCGUCAUCAUUCGUUUGCCUUGUUGACACACACAAACACUUGCCCUCCUCUUCAGCUGCCUUUACAUCUCUGGGAUCUGUAGCCUUUUGGCAGUGAGGUGUAACUGUCAGACUGCACAGAGAAGACCUGUUUAUCUGUUGCCUUGUUUUGGACACUUUCAUGUGAAUGUAUCUUUUGUUGUGCUUGCAGCUAGAAUAAAAGGCUUGCUCUCAAUUUAA